AUGGCUGCUACUAAACGAAUGUCACCACAGGCCUUCGCAGCCGUACAGAAAAAAUAUAGUCCUGUUCAUUUUUCGCCGCAGAUAGUUUAUAAACCCAAAUUAGGACGCGAAAUAUGGGCCUCCCCACGAAUAAGUCUACGCAGACAGGCCGAUAUGCGAAAUAAUUGUAUAGCGUUGGGAAUUGAUCCAUCUGGAAUUGGAUUACCUGAGAAGAAGGAGAAAAAACCUCCAAGAGUCAUACCUCCGAAAGGAAAAAAACAUGAAAGAACCGCAGCUGAAAGGAAAGCAAGAAUUGCCAAAGCUUUACAGGAAAUGGAUAAGACCAUCGAAACUUGGCGCAAGGAAAAGAAAGAAGAAUAUCAACGUGCGAAGCCCGUGUUGCCGUUUUAG